AAAAUCGCACUUUCGGUCACACUGUUCAUCCAGGUGCUUGCGUGGAGAAUAAAAACAAAAAUUAAUAAAUCCUUCCAAUUUGACCGGAUUUGCAUUCAUUCUGUGUGGAAAACAGUGCAAUAAUGGCGGCAGCAGGACCAGUGCGUACUAAUUGGCAUCCCAACAUGAAACACAGCGAAGUGGAGCGUUGGAUUUGCAUUUACCCUGCAUACAUCAAUGCCAAGAAAACCCGUCAGGAAGGUCGUCGUCUGCCCAAAGAGAACUGUGUGGACAAUCCCACCUACGUUGAGAUACGUGAUGUACUCUCCGUAGCCAACUUGCAUUUUGUGGUCGAAAACAAACAGUACUGCCGCGAAAAGAGUCGAGAAGUCCAAUUUCGUGGCCGCGUGCGCGUGCAAUUGCGGAAUGCUGAUGGUACCCUGUGCAACAACGAAUUUGCCACCCGUGAGUCCAUCAUGAAGCAUGUGGCAAGCAAAAUACCUCAGCUGAAGACGCGCCAAAACAAGCCCAACGAACCUCAGCCACAGCCACAAUCGAGUGGUGCAGCAGCUGGUUCGUCUGGUGGAGGCGGCGGCGGUGGAGGUGGUGGCAAGAAGGGCAAGGGAAAACGUCGAUGAAUUGGCGGCAACAGUUUUCAUUUAGUUGAUUUUUUGUAAUAAAUUUUAUACCUUGAGCGGUAGUACAAGAUGUUAAUGAAUGAA